AUGGCCACGUGUGAAGUUUGUGGAGAUGGUUUCGCAGACGAUGCGGAAAAACACUUGUGCUCCCCGAGCCGAGACUCUUGCUCGCACGUGUGCCACGCGGAUUGCUUGCAGCAAUACCGAUUAAAGCAGGGCUGCCCUAUGCAUGACUGCCCAUUCUGUCUUCAGAAUGAAGAUUCCCAGGAAGAGGCUGAUGAUGCCGCUUUGCAAGAGAUGGAGAUUGAGGCAGCAAUGGAAGCAGAGGCUGUGGCUGAGGGGGUAAAAAGAAAGACCAGAGAAGAGGCAGCUUCGCCUGUCCGUGACAACGCAGCCCAGUGCCGCCCACCCAAAGAAAGCCCAGAAAGCCCUCCCUUCACACAGGGUGGAAGUGAAGCAGCCCGCUUGUCCAUUCCAAGCUUUGGGAUUGACAUCUACGACGACCUGAGUCGGACCAGCAAGGCAUCUACCACGGUGAAGGAUCCUAUGCACGACGCCAUGUCGGAGUACUUGGCUUGCAGGGAUGAAGCACAAAGCCUUUCGUUGCUUCACACCAAGAGCACAUAUCAAGGGCUUGGAAGCCCAGAGGCUUCUUAUCAAACCGUUCUGAAUGCAGCCUUGAAAGACCCCAGGGACCACCACGCUGUGGCAUCAGACUUUGCCUUCAGAACUCGAGAAGUGCUGCCCGUGCCUUUCGAAGUCAGCUUGAGAACCAUUGCCCGCAAGGAAGGUUGUGAGCCUGAGACAUUCAUGGCAGGUGGCGCCACAUGCACGGAUGCCACCAUCAAGGGUCUUCGUGCUUCUAUCAAAGAAUAUGCCCGUCUGCAUUACGGCAACAAAGAAAAGAUGUGCACUUGGCUGAACUGCGAAGAUGACAAGACAGUGACUGGAGAUGGUGCCACGGCGCUGACUCAUUACACCUUCGUUCACCAAGUGUAUGGACAGGUGUCGCUUUGUGAGUAUGUGCUCCAGCCGACUGCAAGCAUGUUUUGCAAGAGAAUCCAUGCGACGUGGCAAACAAGGCCAGUGACAAGUGACCCUGAUCAGCAGAGCCAGUCCAGCAAAGAGUUCCUGAUUGACUUCUUUGGUUGGAUGGGGCGCGUGGCAAGCAACCAGGACAAAGACCACUAUUUUGACAAGUUCGCCUUGCCCGUGCUCAGGAAGGCUUUGCAGGGAAUCUCCGACUUCUUUCACGAGAAUCACGAGAAUGUAGAGUACCACUUUCACAAGGAGAAAGAGGAAAAACCAGCAAAGUUCGUCUUGGCAGCAGUCAAAGACCUCUUGAAAGUUGGCAUCUUGCAAGAGGUUGACAAGAAGGAAGUGGAAGAACAGGCGCCCAAACUUAAGGACAAGAAAAGCGCCAAGAGCAAGGAGGGCACGCUAAAGAGCGAGCCACGAGGUGCCGAUGCUAAGUGGCACCAUGACAAUGGCUUCUACCUUAGGGAUUCAGCAGAUGCUGAUGCCAGCAUGCGUGAUGUUG